AUGGGUGUUCGGAUACGCCUGGCUCGUUUCGGACGCAAGAACUUGCCCUUCUACCGCAUCUUCGUGGCCGACUCGAGGAGCCCCCGGGACGGCAGACACUUGGAAAUCGUGGGCCACUACGACCCUCUUCCAGGUCAGGACGGGAACAAGCAGCUGGGCCUGCACAUUGACCGGAUAAAGUAUUGGCUGUCGGUGGGCGCUCAGCCAUCGUCCACCGUGGGUAGGCUGCUGGGUCAGGCCGGGAUCAUCCCGAAGCCGCCGGCAGCCCUGCAUGCUGGAGUCGUCAAGAAGCCCGAGAAGGAGCGGAACAAGAAGGCCUGA